UCAAUAAAAAGAGUGCCGCCAACAUUUGAAUUUGUUGCUGCGCGCGAAACCACCGUUACGUAGCUAAUAUCACUCUUGAGAGUAUCGAAACAAAAACUGACGUUGGCCAUCUGUAAGUAGCCAAACGGUUAUUCGAUUAAAAAACGCAAUUUUUGUUUUGAGUAUUUGUUAGUAUCGGUGUUUGACGGCGGGAGAUACCGCGAGUUUAGUGGGUCGUCUCUCUGGCAAUUGAGAAUCGUGGUGAAUAAAGUAUCUAGUUUUAAGGCCAGUUGGGUUACAAGAUAGGCUCCGUGCUACCAUCCACUGCCUAUCACCCACUGGUAUCUGUAUGUGCGUAUGAAAAAUUAUCGUCGUAGAGAUAUGGAGAAGAUGCAAGGAGCUUACAAAGUCGAACAAGUUUUGAAUAAACGCAUAUCCCUAGCGUACUCUGAUGGAACUAGGUCAGAUAUGGUGGAGGGCGAGCCCAUAGCUUGGACUAAGCGACGACAGUUGUAUGGAAGUUCAUUUUUAUCAUUGGGUGAACUAACAUUGAUGGUCCGAAAUGUCCUUCGUGGAUCUGGAGAAGUAUCAUUUGAGGAGCUCAUAUUAAUAUUUCAUGGGGCAUUAGAGUGUGAUCUCCGGAAAGCAUUGAAUUCGUUGAUUACGUCGAAUCAUGCGCGUGCAUUGGGCAAACACCAAUAUGAGUUCGUUAAAAAUAAGCCCACAUUGAAUGACGCUAAUGAAAUCAGAGAGGAAGUCGAGGCAAUGCAACGUUUGAAAUACAAGAUAUUAUCUAACCCGUCCGAAGAAGCCAUGACUACGAGCGACGAGAGUUUUGAAGACGAUGAAUAUAAGACAAAGGAUGACAGUGCUCUCCUUAGCAAGAUGUCAACAAUAUCUGUCGUGGAUUCGUUGGACAACUUCGAUCAAACACAAGGUCAUGUAUCAGAUGAGUACAGUCGUACAAGCCAACAUUUGCGCGACAGCAGUCGUUUACUCAAGGAUUCCUAUAAGUGGGUCAGGGUUUCGAGAACAGUGAAUAACGAUAAGAAAGAUAAGCCCGAACCCGCGCUUCCUCCUAAAACGGAUACUUCUGUGAAUGAUUCCGGGGUGGCGUUGAAUGGCUCUACAGGCGAACUGCGAUGUGUAACGGCAGAGGACUACAUCCGAAGAACGGCUAUGGCGCAUACUGCUUGUAUGAACCGAGCACAACCACCAAGCACUCUUGAUACUGAGAAACAGGAUCGAUAUCGUUGGACGAAUAAAACCAGCGAUCCCGUCCGAAAGGAUCCUGUGACUGCUCUUGAAUCUUACUGCGUAUUGAGCGGCAAGCCAACUCCAGGUUAUACUGUGACGUUCAUGCCGCAGGAGAAAGUUCAUUUUUGCGUUCUGCAGGUGGAUAAUUGUGCGUUCCGUUCCUACCCAAGUAUGGCGCUUACCUAUAAGAGAGCGGUGGAAAUAGCAGCGGAAAAAGCCGUUUCGGCACUUGAAGGUGCUUCAGGACCUCAAGAGACGAAGCGUUUCAAGAGGUACCGUAUCGAAUAUUACUUCUUAGGUACCUUCGUUACAGGAUGGAAACGUUGCGAUUUUGCACCGGUUUACGAAAGUAUUCGUUGGAUGAAACUGCAGACCCUCAGAGAAAGUUCUUUGAAACGAAAAUUAACUAAUAAGCCCCAGUCUCGCAGAUUCAGUUGAAAACGAACUUUGAUAAGUGAAGAGACAAGAUGGUGAUUAAAUGAGGGUAAGGCAUAUGUACGUGGUCGUGGAAAAGUACGCCUGUGUCUGUGAUGCGCGAAAUCGUUUUUGCCUGAGAAAUUUAUGCCGGAGUGUAAUGCUGUACUAAUGAAAGUCUAUCUUGAAAGAGAGUAUCAGAGGUUUCUACUCGGUAAAAACUACACGAUGGCAGUCCUGCGAAUCUUAUUGGUGCAGAUAAUAAUGGCCAAAAACUGCAAACGUACGUAGGCAUUGCGAUAUCCAUAAUUUGAAUAAUAUUAGAUCUUGUCAAUAAAGACCUC